UCCUUUCAUCCCUUCCGUCUUAAACCCUGCUGCUAGCCCGCUCACACCUCUCUCUCCCCUCCUCCUCUUUCUCUCUCUAUAAUCUCUUCCACCAGAGAAGCAGAGAGAUGGACGCCGACGGAAAUUCCGAAGAGCCGUCGCGUCUGGUCCUCGUCCGCUUCAAAACGGACCUCGGCCACCCCUACAAAGUUCCAGAAUCCUCCAUUUCCAUCCCCGCCAAUCUCACCCGCUUCGGCCUCUCGACCGUCGUCAACAACCUCAUCAAAUCAGGAAACCCCGAUUGGGAAUCGGAGCCUUUCGAUUUUCUUAUCAAGAAUGAGCUGGUUCGAAUGUCGCUCGAAAAGUUCCUUCUUGCCAAGAACAUUUCCGCGGAGAGGAUAUUGGAAAUUGAAUAUAUACGGGCUGUGGUCCCACGCAAAGAAGAAGAACCUUCUUUACAUAAUGACUGGGUCAGUGCAGUUGAUGGUUCUAGUCCCAGGUUCUUUUUGACAGGCUGCUACGAUGGUUUGGGAAGGGUAUGGAAAGCUGCUGGAGCAUGUACACAUAUUCUGGAAGGACACAGUGAACCUGUUACUUCAGUUAGUAUAAUCAAUCCAAAAGGUGGAGACAGUGUUACCGUAGCUACUGCUUCGAAAGAUCGGACACUGAGGCUGUGGAAGUUCAAUGCAGAAGAGACCCAAAAAAAUCCUUUGAAGAUAAGAGCAUUCAAAAUUUUACGUGGACAUACAGCAGCUGUUCAAAGUGUUGCUGCUCAGACCUCUGGAAACAUGGUCUGUUCAGGCUCUUGGGAUUCUACUAUCAAUUUAUGGCAGACAAAUGAGCCUGAUUCAGAAGGUGAUACUGUGUCAACGAAGAAGAGAAAAAAGACUGGUCAAGAAAAGGAAUCGCAGUGGGAGGGGGAGGCUGUUUCUUCUCUAGUAGGCCAUACACAAUGCGUAUCUACUGUAAAGUGGCCGGAGCCUAAAACAAUUUAUUCUGCAUCGUGGGACCAUUCCAUUAAAGAGUGGAAUGUCGAGAGAGGCACGGCCACGUCGACAAUAUACCAUGAUAAAGUACUCAACUGCAUUGAUAUUGGAGGUGAAGGUUCUGCUUUGAUUGCUGCUGGUGGUUCUGACCCCAUUGUUAGGGUAUGGGAUCCUCGUAAACCAGGAACUUCUGCUUCUAUCAAAACUUUCUCAUCUCACACUUCUUGGGUUACGGCAUGCAAGUGGCAUCAGAAGUCUCCAUUUCAUUUAGUCUCCGCAUCUUAUGAUGGAAAAGUUAUGCUGUGGGAUACGAGAACUGCUUGGCCCUUGUUUGUCUUUGAUUCACACAAGGACAAGGCGCUAUGUGCUGACUGGUGGAAAGGUGAUACUGUGCUUAGUGGUGGUGCAGAUUUCAAGCUUUGCAUGACUUCCGGGGUUUCUGUGCUAUGAGAGCCAUAAGCAGAAGAGUGAUUUAAAGAUGGAAGGACUUUUGCAUCGCUUACCGCAUGCUUGAAUCUCUACGUGUUUCAUGAUCGUCUGGAAAUUGGUUGCGAGAAUGGAGGCAAUCUGAGUAUUGUGUCUACGGGGGAUGUUUGACCGUGGCUUUUGGUGCCUCACAUGGCCGGAGAAUAUAUAGUCUCGGAGCUAUUUUUUGGUCCAAGGCAGACUCUGGCUCUCGUUGUACGAUUGCUUGAUUAUAUCUUAUAAUUUUUUUGGUAACUUUGUACUUUUGGAGGUUUGCUUCAAUUCUGUAAACGGUGGUCCGUCCUAUCAUUAAUUUUAUCAGUCUUAAAAUUUA